GCGGGAGCCGCCCGGGGAGCGCCGCGCAGCGCCGAACCUUCUUGACUACGGCCUCGCCGGUUUGGCGGGGGUGAAAGGUUGCGAAGAUGGCGACGGCCUUGAGCGAGGAGGAGCUGGACAAUGAAGACUACUACUCGCUGCUGAACGUGCGCAGGGAGGCCUCUUCUGAAGAGCUGAAGGCUGCCUACCGGAGGCUGUGCAUGCUUUACCAUCCGGACAAGCACAGGGACCCCGAGCUCAAAUCACAAGCAGAGCGGCUGUUUAACCUUGUUCACCAGGCUUAUGAAGUGCUUAGCGAUCCCCAGACAAGGGCCAUCUAUGACAUCUAUGGGAAAAGAGGGCUGGAGAUGGAAGGAUGGGAGGUGGUGGAGAGGAAGAGAACUCCAGCUGAGAUCAGAGAAGAGUUUGAGAGGCUCCAGAGAGAGCGGGAGGAACGGAGACUUCAGCAGAGAACCAACCCCAAGGGAACCAUCAGCGUUGGAGUCGACGCCACUGACCUUUUUGAUCGCUAUGAUGAGGAAUAUGAAGAUGUGUCCGGAAGUGGCUUUCCGCAGAUUGAGAUUAAUAAAAUGCACAUAUCCCAGUCCAUUGAGGCACCCUUGACAGCUACAGACACAGCCAUCCUCUCCGGAAGUCUCUCCACCCAGAAUGGCAAUGGUGGUGGUUCUGUUAACUUCGCACUCCGACGAGUUACUUCUGCAAAGGGAUGGGGAGAGUUGGAGUUUGGAGCUGGAGACCUCCAGGGCCCUUUAUUUGGUCUCAAGCUGUUCCGUAAUCUCACACCAAGAUGCUUUGUGACGACAAACUGUGCUCUGCAGUUUUCAUCCCGUGGAAUCCGGCCUGGCCUUACCACUGUCCUAGCUCGGAACCUGGACAAGAACACCGUGGGCUACCUGCAGUGGCGGUGGGGCAUCCAGUCAGCCAUGAACACCAGCAUCGUCCGGGACACUAAGACUUGCCACUUCACUGUGGCCUUGCAGCUGGGGAUCCCUCACUCCUUUGCACUGAUCAGCUAUCAGCACAAGUUCCAGGACGAUGACCAGACACGUGUGAAAGGAUCGCUCAAGGCAGGCUUCUUUGGGACAAUAGUGGAGUAUGGAGCUGAGAGGAAGAUCUCCCGACACAGUGUCUUGGGUGCUGCUGUGAGCAUUGGCGUCCCACAGGGUGUGUCUCUCAAAGUCAAGCUGAACAGGGCCAGUCAGACCUACUUUUUCCCUAUUCACUUGACGGAUCAGCUGCUCCCUAGUGCCGUGUUCUACGCCACUGUGGGGCCACUGGUGAUCUACUUGGCGAUGCACCGUUUAAUCAUCAAACCAUACCUCAGGGCUCAGAAGGAGAAGGAACUGGAGAAGCAAAGGGAGAGCACAGCCAGUGACAUCCUGCAGAAGAAGCAAGAGGCGGAAGCUGCUGUUCGGCUGAUGCAGGAAUCUGUCCGAAGAAUAAUCGAAGCAGAGGAGUCCAGAAUGGGGCUCAUCAUCGUGAACGCCUGGUAUGGGAAGUUUGUCAAUGACAAGAGCAGGAGGAACGAGAAGGUGAAGGUGAUCGACGUCACUGUGCCGCUGCAGUGCCUGGUGAAGGACUCAAAGCUCAUCCUCACCGAGGCCUCCAAGGCCGGGCUGCCAGGCUUCUACGACCCGUGUGUUGGGGAGGAGAAGAGCCUCCGAGUGCUCUACCAGUUCCGAGGUGUGCUGCAUCAGGUGAUGGUGCCCGACAGUGAGGCCCUGAGGAUACCAAAGCAGUCUCACAGGAUCGAUACCGACGGAUAAACUACUUGAGAACCUGAGCAAAAAGGCUACAGAACUACUUUCCUGGGAGUCUACGAAUUUGGAAGCAGGGAAAACCCAGACAUGAGAUGUUUUUAGUUUAUUCCUCAAGAAGGUGGCACUGUAUCAAUUAUGUGAAGGGACAUGCAGACAGCCUAGCUUCGUGGGUACUGUGGGUAAGGACUGAGGAGCCCCACCCUGGCCAGACCACAGCACGGCCAUAUCUUUCCCCAAGGAUCAUGUUCCUGGAGGGCAGGGCCCAAGCUGGCUCUUCAGGUCACCCAGUCCUGGUCCUCACCAUGAGUGGCCAUGCACAGCAGCUCUCUGGAGGUAUUUGGAACAUUCUAUCCUCACACUUGAGACUGUCCUUCCUGAAGUCCACGCUGCACAUGGGGAACAUGGAAAGGAGGGAAGGUGUGUCACAUGCUGCUCCGUAGACUUCCCACAAACCACCUUUCUCUUCUGGAACAUUACAAAGUGGACUGGAGAGGACUGUGGGUUUAUAAAACUUCUUUUUAUCUGAGAACAACAGCUUUGGAAACUAGUCUCUUUCUUCCCACUUCAGAGCUACUCAAAUCAUUCCUCCAGGCCUUGGCUUGGUACAGAAGGGGAGACCCUAGGUCCCAGGGUGCACUGUCCAGGCACACUGCCCACACUGCUAAGAAAAGAGACCCUGCCGCCGCCGAUGGCCCCUUCACCCCACACCACGAGACAGACACCUGUCUUGCCUUGCCUACAACCACUCCUCUAGAAGACCGUGUUGGAAGGAGGGGGGCUUUGCAAGUUUGCCAAAUCCUGGGUGUUGACCCAAGGCCGGCCCAGGUGCCUGCACCUCUAGUGAGUGCCCAGCAGGUGGCGCUGUUGCUCGCCGGGCCAGGCCCUCUCAGGGUCCCUUCUAAGGAGUCUCGGUUCCCAGACCUCUUCUGUCGCACACUUGCUGGAUGUCACUGCGGGCUCUACCCCUCUGCAGGUGUGACACCAGCAGUGGCUCUGAACCUGGCCCCGCAGCAGGAACUGCUGAAGGCAGGCAUGUCCUCGCCAUUCUCAUAACCCGUCAGUUGUAAGCGGUUCAGUUCUGUAGUAUUUAUCUCCUUUUUUAGAGGAUGUUUCAUUGCCCCACAGACUGGUGUGCGGUUUGCACCGUUGCAUGAGCCAGACUCAGUGCUGUGGCUCCUUGGGCACUGCCGCCCCUCUGUGUGACGCUGACUGGCAGCCCUGCCCGACAAUAAACCUGACCUGAAAGCUGA